CCCUUCACCCUGAUUUCCCCUUGGUCGCUGUAGAUCGUGUGGCUGGAGCUGAGGACGCCGAUUGAAUUUGAACUCGUGGUUGAUUCCUGCUUGCUUGCUGGGUUUGCUUCAAUCCCAGAGGUGAUUCCGCUUACCACAUGGCUCCGUAAUUCUAGACCAUGCACCAGCUUAGGUUAGGCCUCAAUCUACGCGGGUCGGUAAGGGAAUGCAUAUCUGUGUGUGUGUGUGCGUGUGGAGGUGCAAAGGGCAAUUGACAAACGCGGAUGGAGUUCGGCGUGGAUUGUGGAGCAGUGAUCAUCAUGGCUGCUGUCGAGGUUCGUGUCUGAUGGCGUCUGUUUUGUCUGGGAUGCGUUGUGGGGAGUGGAUGCUCGCAGUCCACCAGGAAUGAAUGAGUCACCUGGUAAUUUUGUAUAAUUAGGAGGAUCUGCUUGGAUUUUCUCGAUCAACACAAGUCAUCGACAAGAAGCUCGGUCUUGGUCCAUCUACAGAUUGCUGGAAAUUGAGAAUAUAAACGGACAUAGGUAGGCAUGAUUCGUAUGAUUGAGCUUGCUUCUUCAAUAUGACCUAGUUAUGUUGUUACCAAGGGGCUAGAGGCUGAGUUCCAUGCCUCCUACUCAAUGUAUUUGCCUCCGUUCACGGCCAGCGGGAGUUAGACAGUGGAAUUGAAGAGGCUACCUGAAAUCCGAGAAAAGCAACUAGAAGCUAGUGAAAGCAUAUGCGUUGAUACAGAGCCAAAGAAGAUGUAUCGUAGACUGGAACCAUAUAGGUUUGGUUUAGGCGAGCAUUGGCGUCGUCAGAUUGGGGAUGUGAGUCCUACUGCAUUCACUCGACGCAUUGGAGGUUGUGAGGAUCUCGUACGCCGUCUUGUUAAAUAUGCGGAAUUGGACGGACAUUCUGGGUGUGUAAAUACAGUGUCUUUUAAUCCAACUGGAGAGCUUCUAGUCUCCGGUUCAGAUGACCAGGAUAUCAUUGUGUGGAAUUGGGCAAAUAAAACGCAGGUUCUGUCUUACAUUUCUGGUCACGAAAAUAAUGUUUUCCAGGCUCGAGUAAUGCCAUAUUGCGAUGACCGCAUAAUUGUGAGCUGUGCAGCGGAUGGCCAGGUGAGGUCUGCAACUAUUCUAGAGAAUGGAAUGGUUGUUACAAAGAAACUUGCAAAACAUAGGGGUCGUGCUCACAAGAUGGCGAUUGAGCCUGGCAGCUCUCGUAUUUUUUACAGUUGCGGAGAAGAUGGGGUUGUACAACACUUUGACUUGCGGGAGGAGAAAGCCACGAAGCUCCUCACUUGUCAUCAAUUUGGAAAGAAUAGUGGUAAACCAAGCCGGUCAAGAGUAGUUCGACUAAAUGUCAUUGUCACGCACCCAAUAAAUUUGAACUACUUUACAGUAGGAGGCUCCGACCAGUAUGCACGCGUGUAUGAUAUUCGACGCUUAACUGCAAACGGUUCUGAAAUGGAAGAUCAACCGGUUGAGACAUAUGCUCCUAAACACUUGUUAGGGCCAGGUCACGAUGAACAUAUAACAUGCGUUGCAUACUCGCACCAAGAGGAGCUUCUUGUUUCCUACAACGACGAACUUAUUUAUCUCUUUGAUAAAUCCAUGAGCUUGGGAUCUAGUCCGCACAAAAACGUGGAAGAAAAUGAGAAAGAAGGAGAUGGUGGCGAGGCUUCCAAUCAAGGAAAUACUCAACCGCAAGUGUACGAAGGACACCGAAACCACCAGACUGUGAAGGGGGUCAACUUCUUUGGCCCAAAUACAGAAUAUGUCGUGAGUGGAUCGGAUUGUGGAAGAAUUUUUAUCUGGAAGAAGAAGGGAGGGAAGCUUGUUGCUUUGAUGAAGGGAGAUGAUACUGUAGUAAACUGUCUGGAACCCCAUCCAUAUGCUACUAUUCUGGCAACUAGUGGCAUUGAAGAUACCAUUAAAAUCUGGUCUCCAGAGUCGGAGCGUAUUCUUGACCUCCCACAUGAUACCGACAGGAUCAUGAGAAUCAACAAACGAAGGAGAGAAAGUCAAGCAAACAACAUUCAACUCACCCCUGGUCUUGUGAGAAGGUUGUUGCUGUCGCGGCAUCUGCACAUGCCAAAUUACAAUGAAGGUGGUACUAACACUCAAGUUUCUUUCGAGGGUGGGUAUGCUGAUGACGAUGGAGGCGUGGUGGACAGUGACUUUGACGAGGAUGACUCCUUCGAAGAAGGCGACAUUGGCAACCCACGUGAAUGCAUCAUUAGCUGAAAAUUGCUGAAUGCUGGUGGAAUACGAACUAAUUGUUUACAUGUAUACAGAAACUGUUGUAGACGAGGCAAGAACUGCGCUCCAGUUUUCAAGAACAGACCAAGCGAUUUUGACAGUUUGUGUAGAUAUUUGUUAUUUCAGUUGUGUAUAAAUAUGGGCAUAAUCAAAUUUACAGAGUGAAGGCUAGGCAAGGUAUUGGCAGGUACAAACAUGCAUUCAAGAAAGGUGUUAAGCGAUUACAUAGCAAUACUUGGCAGUUUUCUAGUAAGAAUGCUGGGUUUUAUGCUGGGAUUUAUGCAAAUUUUUGCAUGCAGAUCAUCUCCAGUCCUAUUCAUGCCGAAUGUGCGAGGCAUUCAACUGAUCAGCUCUUUACUUACGUUAGCGAGAUCUCUUGUUUUGAGUUAAACGUGGUAGCUGGAUUCUGGUCUUGUUCAUAAGUAGUUCCGUUUUAUGAUUCGCUGGCUCACAACUCCCGUUCGGGACCUAGCAUGUAGGAGUUGCAAUUAUGUGUGAAUUUGAAGGAAAUUCCACUCUGAAAACCUGAACUUCUGUACGACUGCCACUUAUUAGAACCACUGCAAGGAUACGCUAAUUCUGCUUAGAGAGCGUCGAAUUGGCGAGCAUUCUUUGAAGCAGAGUCUACCCUUCGAUUAAAGUACACAAGAAGGCUCGAGAAACUCUGCCACGGACGUUUGGUUCACAAAUUCCGCAACGCUGUGCUAUGUGUGGCACUAGGACUUUCCAAGGAUUGUAUGACUUUCUUUAAGAAUGACCGGAGGAAGCUUUGACCCUCCAGACUGCA